GUCGGGGUGGUGCCCGCUGCUCGGUUCAUUGUCUGUCCUUCUAUCGUCGGUCCUUUUCACACAAUAAAAAGUAGCUUAAAUCCUUUCAGUUCCUAUUGUGUCUGAUAUAACAAAAAAAUACAUACAGACGAACAUAUAACCCUUUUUUUCGUAUUUGAAAGUUGAUUAAAAAUUACGAAUUUUCUUUUAUUUCUAAAUACAAAGUUUCGCAUUUACAACAUUAGUAAGGAUUUUUUAUUUGUUCUCGAUUGACACUUGACAAUAAGUGUGACAAGAACAAGAACACUGAACAGUGAUGUCAUGUUAUUGUAGUUUGGUUUUGUUUGGUUCAUGAUUGAGGUAUCAGCCAGGAAAGUAAUGCUAAGAAAAUAAAAAGUAUUUCAAAAAUAUCGUAUUCAGGGGCCAAAUUGAUGAUUUUUUGUAGCGGCAAUCAUUGUUGUAAAGAUUAUCAAUGACUUGUUAUGAAUGUGUUGAAAACUGAGAUUAUUGAUAUAUUUAUUUAAAAAAUUAUAAAUUGAACACAAAUAUCCAUUAAAAUUAAAAAAAAAAACACGUGCAAUUUUGUGAACAAAUAUGGCUUCAUCUCUAUUUGGUUACGAAACCCUCGUGCACGCUUUGGCUGGAGCAACGGGAAGUGUUGUGGGAAUGGCAGCAUUUUAUCCUUUGGAUACACUGCGGUCUAGACAACAAGUUGAAGAGUCCAAUAAACUACAAGGAUCUGUGUGGGAGCUUGUGCUGAAAUUGGCGAAAGAAGAAGGAUUAGAAUCAUUAUAUCGUGGUCUGUGUCCUGUCUUGCAGUCACUAUCUGUUUCAAAUUUUGUUUACUUUUACACUUUUCAUGGGUUGAGACGAUCUUCAGUAAGUAAAUCGUCAGCUUUAAAAGAUUUGCUUUUUGGUGUUGUAGCUGGAAGUAUCAAUGUAUUAAUUACAUCUCCCUUAUGGGUUGUUAAUAUGAGAAUGAAAUUUGAUAAGAAUUUAUACAACAGUCUUUUUGAAGGACUUUGUGAUGUGUUUAAUAAAGAAGGUGUAAAGGGAUUAUGGUCUGGUACUUUGCCAUCACUGCUAUUGGUGUCAAACCCAGCCAUACAAUUUAUGAUCUAUGAAUCUAUAAAAAGAAACUUAGUGGCUAUGAAACGUUUCGAUACUUACUCUGCCUUCCUUACUGGAGCUAUAGCAAAGGCAAUUGCAACUACUUUAACUUAUCCUAUUCAACUGGUGCAGGCAAGGUUAAGAGUGGGUAAAAGCUUAAAACCAUUGUAUGAUGAGGUUAAGUCUAAUCCUUUGGUUUUAUUCAGAGGGUUGGAAGCAAAAAUUAUGCAAACUGUUAUGACUGCAGCAUUAAUGUUCCUUAUUUAUGAAAAAGUUGUGAGAUUGGUUUUGACAAUUAUGAGAGUCAAAAUAACAAAAAAAUGAAGUUUGUUGCAUUUUGAAACAGAAAGUAAAUUAAUGAAUAUGUAAAUUCAUUGUCUCUAUACCAAUUAUAGAGUUAUGGAUGCUCAAUGUUACACAGGUUACUUUUAUGUGGUUGAGGUUUUUGAAUGUUUUCUUUUGCAUUACAUAUUUAUUUAAAAUAUUUGGGAAGCAUAAUAUUUAUGCUAGUAUGGGAAUGGACAAUUGUUACAAAAUAAUAUAGAAAUAAUAACUUCAUAAUGUAGAAAUAACUUCAACCAAUGAAACAUUUACCAAAGAGUAAUAACAAGAAUUGUGAUAUGUUACAAAGACAACAUUUUAUAUAUGCAGUUUGCACUAAAUAUAAUAUUUUACACUAUGCAUUAAAUAAUAUUUACUAUUACUGCAUUGUACUUUUUUUGUGUAGUUAAUUUAGUUUGCAAAUGUGAUCAAGUUAUAGUUUUAUAUAAUAAUUAUUUGACAUGACAAUUACUCUUAAUUAUUUUUGUUGUUGUUGUUUAUUAUUGUGUUAAAGGUCUUAUUCCACAGAUCAGUUCCUAAAUAGGAUUUUUAUUAGUUGCAGUGAGAGACUAAUUUCAUAAAAUUAAAAAUAUUUUUGUAAAAUUACAUCUCAUAAUUGUUUUGAAGAAAUAUUAACAUAGUAGAUUUUGCUUUAUUUUUUUGAAGAAUGUGAUGCGAAGGUUUUUCACUCCAUCAUAAUAUUAAUUCCAACACUAUGACAUUGUUCUGUAAUACACAAGUAUUGCUUGAUAUUAAACUGAAUGAACAAGUAUUUCUUAUGUAUACAAAACAAAAUUACAGAACAACCCAACAAAUGCAAAUUUAGUACUGAUUAUUGUUGUUAGAUGUUGAUAAUGUUCAGUUAAGUAUUUAACUAUGAAAAAAACGAAAAUUCAUUCAUUAUAAGAUGUAGUUUCUAUAAAUAUUUCUAUUUGUACAAAUAUUAUAUAAAUAGAAUCAUUAUACUAAUGUAGACAAUAAAUAAAAAAUACUUUAUCAUCUUUAUUUUAAUUUGCUAUAUUUACUGUGAUUCAUAAUUUGUGAUUUCGUUAAUAUUUAUUUAAAAAGUAGCAUAACUAUGCUCUCUGUUCUUGUCAUGCCAAUUAAUAAGUAAUAUUAUAGCAAUUUACUAGUGUGAUGUUGUCAAGACAAUCAACUCAUGUAUAUAAGCAUAAUGUAAGCAUAAUUCUACACUGGUAUCAGUUAAAAAAGCUUACUAACAAGUUCACUGUAGAGUACUCAUAGAUUUACAAAAUAUUAGUUUGAAAAUAUGAUAAUUUUGUAUGCUUUAAUUAAAUACCUAAAUUGGACAUGGAUAUGGAAUUAUUUGUAUAAAAUUC